ACAGUAGUUUCAAUGAUUUCCCUCAAUCACCCAACGAAUAUGAGUAACCUCGAGCAUCUGGGUGCUGCACUGUUGAGACAGAUUCGUUAUGACUUGUUCCAAGAGGUUAGCUCACGUACCGGACCCUUCUCCAGGAGCCUUCGGAGUCGCCUAAGACGCUUACCCAGAUAUGUACGAAAGGAACUGGUAGAUACGGAAUACGAAGGCUGUUCGUCCCUAUUCAUCGCCUGUCGCGAAGGUAACAUUGAUAUGGUUGAGUUUUUGAUAAUGGAGUGUGAUGCCAACAUCGAGCAACGAGGGACUAUAACCUAUCACAUGGAUGAGACCGAUGGAAAGUUGGAGGAUUAUACGGUACACAACGUUACUCUACUAUGCUGUGCCAGCGAAUCGGGUAAUCUUCAAAUCGUGCAAUAUCUCGUCAGGCUGGGUUGCGAUGUAAAUGCUUCGUCCGACACCGGUUCAACGCCCCUGAGAGCUAGCUGCUCGAUAUUGAACGCAGAAAUUGUUCAAUAUUUAAUUGAAAAUGGAGCGGACAUUCAUAAGCCUAGUUCCAAUGGAGGAACCUGUCUAAUCGAUGCUAUUAAAUCAGCUCCAUUGUGCCAAUAUCUCAUCAGCAAAGGAGCUGACGUGAAUGAACGCGAUGCAUACGAGAAUACUGCCUUGCAUUAUGCAGUGACGUGUUGGAGUUUCGAAAUGGUUCGAGUUCUGUUGGAUCAUGGUGCCGAUCCUUUCGCUAAAAGCCGUUUCGGGGAUGACACUCUACAGCUAGCAUGCAUUGUCGGGUCACAAGACAUAGUGGAAUAUCUUUUGAGCCGAAUAAAUUACUCGCGAGAAAGACGGGCCGAAGCCCAUAUGCUGUUAGGGUCAUCGUUAAUACAUUUACAUCAUGGCGUACAAGAAGUUGUUCACCACUGGCGGUUGGCUCUUAAUGCUCGAAUAGAUGGACCCAAACACAUCCAAAACAAAUCCCGAAUCCAACCACGACUCGCCUUCGGAAAUAUGGUUGAGUUCACUACUCAUGCCGAAUUGGACGCAAUCGCCUGGGAUGUGGAUGCAUUAAGAAUGCAGGGUUUGGUGAUACAAGAAAGGAUAUUGGGCAUCGACCAUGAGUUCACUCUACAUAGGCUAAUGGAACGAGGUGAGUUCUAUAAAGCUUCCAGACAGUACCAAGCUUGUAUAGAGCUAUGGGUGUUAACACUACAAGUUCGAAUUCGCAAGCAUACUAUAUUGGACAGCGAUACCUGCAAAUCAGCACGAGCCAUUGUAAAGUUGAUGGUGAAUUUAUUAACAAGCAACGAGCUCAUGAUGCCAAAGUUCAAAGAUGUCUAUGCCACGUUCCAGCUUUUGACAUCGAACAUCACUGAGAUUCAGCAGUUGCUCAGUGUCCAACCGGCCGAUAGAACCCAGCAGCUAAACUACGAAUGUAUACUCCGUUGUCUAAUUCAUCUGAUGUACCUCCUGCUUUCUGUGGCCAAAAGCAAGAUAGAACAUCUACUGAUCAGAAGCUCCGUUCAUAGUCUGCUCCGUCAGAAUAUACGAAGUGUAUCCGAGGAAACGCUGUUGCAUCUGUCCGUAUCGAACACAAGUGUGAUGAAAAGUAAAUAUUUCAACGACGAGGAAGGUGAGAAACGGUUAUUCUCCAAUCUACCCGUCACGAAGUUGCUGUUGGAGUUUGGAGCGCAGGUCAAUGCGUACAAUGAUACGAAAUCCACGCCACUGCUUCUCGCUUCCAUGCCAUACAAUUAUGAGAAGGAGGUGGUCCGAACACUAAUCGCAUAUGGCGCCCAUCUGGAUACUCCGAACAUGUUUGGCGACCGACCUUCUUCACUACUCAUGAAGAGUUCGGCGGAUGAUUUUCCUCAUGGUGAACACAUUUCACUGAAGUGUCUGUGCGCUAACAUCAUCAUUGAGUCGGACAUUCCCUAUCACAAUAACAUUCCCACUGCGCUGGAGGAGUCCGCAGCAAAGCUUUGGCGAUCAUGCCAUCGUCAACCCGAGACCCGAGAGGAACUCAACCGCCAGGACAUCGAUACCCGCCACCACGUGCAUCAGGAGCAGCAGCAGCCGGCCGGUCAUCCCGACACACUACACACCCACACAGCAGUCAUUGUAUAA